AUGUUUUCUCACCUUGUCACCGCUGCAAAGGGUCUUUUGACGCGACACGAUCCCGACGACCCGACCAAACAUACCACAACCACCGAUAACGAACCGAAGAUGGUCACAACAAGACGGGGGAACAAGGCUUCAGAAGCUGGAACCAAUGGCACGCCGCCUGCGAAUGGGAAGAUGAAUACUGGGAAAAAGGAUGGUCAGAGUAACAAGCGCCGGAGAAGCGAGACUGAAGUUUCGGAAGAUGCGCAAGGCGAGUCGGAGGUAGAGGGGUCGGAUUCGAAGCAGGAAUAUACAGCUCCCGAGAAGAAAGGUCACAUCAAAUUCGGUAGCGAAGAGCCUGAAUUGCCGGAAGAGAUACCAACCGAACAAGCGCCGGCGGACAACCAAGAAGACGAUGAGAGCAGCGACGAUGAUGCUCCAGAGGCUAUCGAUAACUCUGCGCAAUUGUCAAAGAUUAAGUCGGAGGCCCAGAAACAAGAAAGAAUCAAACAGAGAGAAGAACAAUUGAAAAAACAAAGGCGGAAACAACUGGAUGAGCAACGCAAAACCCAGGCGAAGUUGGCUGCGAAAAAGAAAGAGACAGAGGAUGCACAAUCAGAGAGCUCUGGAACUCUUCAAGGCUCAACAACUCAAGACACACGACGACCCGCUCUUCCCGCUCUGCUUCCUGAUGAAAUCCUCAAUGCCGCACCUGCCACAAGACCACCAACACCUCCGAUUGAUGACUUCGAACCGGCACAGAAAAAACCCAGCAAGCUUAAGUUCCUCGAUAAGAAGGAUAAGCGUCCCAAGGAUGUAAAACUGGGUGACACUUCGAUUCGGGUACUCGACGAGGGUCCUUCUCGGAAGAAGGCGAAAACCGCACUGGCACCGAAGGCUUCGAAGUCUGGUCGCAACGUGAAGGAUUCCUGGCUUAGUAAGAGCCGCAGCACCGCAAGUGUUAACGGUCUAAGAAGAACUGCAGGUGGUUCGUCUGGCUUCGUGCGCAGAUAG